AUGAUUCUAACCAUGAUCUCUCCAAUGAAUAAUAACCACAUUGCUGUCAGGCAAUUUGAAUCAAUUGAUCUCCUCAAUCGUUCCCUAUCUAAUAACAAUAAAAGUAUAAAUAUACUAUAUCUUAAUGCGUGCUCCAUAAAAAACAAACUAGACAAACUCCAAGCUUACAUUUCACAUAUACAAAUACAAACCCACAUUAUAAUUGUCACAGAAACAUGGGUUGAAAAGCAUGAAGAAAACUUCUAUAACUUACCAGGCUACAAUGUAACAUACUCAUCCCGAACCAAAAAAGGUGGUGGCUGUGCAAUAUUUAUAAAAAACAACUUAACUGGAAAUAUCCUAAAGAAAGUGGAAAGGAAUAAUAUAACGUACCUGCUUGUAUCCAUCCAAGAACUAAAAACCUGCUUCUCUGCAAUAUACAAUCCCUCUAAAAAGAGGAAUGAUGUGGAAGUUACUCUACAUCUUCUUGAAGAAGAGCUUAGUAGGCAAAACAACCAAAAUGUUUGGCUCCUAGGAGACCUAAAUAUAGACCUCCUCACAAACAACCUUAACAGCUCUCGAAUAAGGGAUAUAUGCACAUCCAAUGGGUUUUACAUCUGCAAUGAGACAGUAGCAACGAGGAAAUCACACAACCUCAUAGAUCACAUAAUCACAAACAUACCAAAUCCCCAAGCAAAGCUGGGAAUCAUAAAAGCUGGAAUAAGUGACCAUGAUUUGCAAUACCUUAGCAUAGAAAAGGAAGAAGACUUAAAAUCCAGACAACUUACUUACAAAAAAAAGAUAGUCGAUCUGCAGAGAAUAAAAUGCGAGCUACUAAAGGUGGAUGAAACAUACAGCAACACAAAUAGUGUAGACUUGAACUAUGAACUAGUCACCCAGUGCUUUUUAAAAGGAACAAGCUACAGGGAUAUAACUAUGAAUGUGAAAAACAAUAACAAACCAUGGUUCAACCAGGAUAUUCAACAGGCUAUCAGAGCUAAUGACUACUACUAUAAAAAAUCACAACUAUACCCAAACAAUGGAUACCUAAAACAAAAGUACCAGGACUCCAAAAAACACUUGAAAAAUAUAAUACGGAAUUCUAAAAAUGAGUAUUUUACAAGAAAAUUUGAUCAAGUUAAAGGUAAUACAAGGAAGGAAUGGCAAGUGCUGAAUCAAAUAAUAACAAAUACUGACAAGUCGGGAAAGAAAAAUGUACCUUCUCUAAAAAUACAAAAUCAAACAAUCACUGAUGUCAAAAAUAUAAGUGAACAAUUCAAUAAUUUCUUCAGCACAGUCGCUUCUUCCCUAGCAUCAAAAAUAAAUAAAUGUAAAUUAAACACAGAGACUGAAACAGUGUGUAACAAAUCAUUUCAGCUACAGGAUACAAACUUUCUAGAAGUUCUUAAAACAAUUGAGAGCCUGGAUCCGAAAAAAGCACCGGGUCACGAUGACAUCGAUACAAAAACAGUAAAAGCAUGCAGCUUUGAACUGAGCAGUAUCCUGUGUAAGCUUUUGAAUCAAUCUUUCAACGGUGGUGAGGUUCCUGCGGGUAUGAAAUUGGCAAGAGUUUUACCAUUGUUCAAGGGUGGCGAUAUCCAGAAUCCCAACAACUAUAGACCA